AUGGCAGAGAAAUGGCCAGAGAUGGCUACACUAAGAAUCACAAGCAUCAUAGUUUGUGCAGUUUUACUUGGACAAGGUUCGUCUGAAAAGACAGGAGGUGGUAAAGAGGAGCAGAGAGAUGCCAUUCUGAAAGAGAUUAUUUCAAAAUGGAGCACAGGAAGUGGUUGGAGUCCUCAGAAAACUCCCCCAGAAACAAAUAAGGACCAGUUUGUGCAGCCUUGGGUGAGAAAUAUCAUGGGGAGCCUAAAAACACUGUUUCCCAGCAAGAAGCUGCCCUCAUUAAACAAGCCAAUAGACAGGCACCGUCUCUCUGGCUUCCUCUAUAAUAUCUCCCUGUACCUCCAAGAGAUGGGUGCUGAGCUGGAGGAGGCACCUGCAGAUACAGAUGAGGAGCAGCUGUGGGAGAAGGUGCUGCAUUUCUUUCUUCAGUCUGAAGGGAGCGCUGCAAUGAACCAGUGGAACGGCCGGGUGCCACCCCGACCAAGUGUUAGAGUUCAGGACUGGUUUUUAUCUCUGCGAGGCAGCCCUCACUGGGACUGGCUGCUGGGGCUGCUGCAGAGUCUAAUCACUCUCUCAGAGCGUCAGCCCUACAGGCCCCUCUUGACUUACUUAUCUCAGAACUGGAGGACAGUGAGUGCUGUGUUGGAAGCUGCUCUUCAGGCUCUGGUCAGCGGGACCUACGGCCAGGCCAGCGCUGGCCUGCAGGGCUUCAUCUGUGCUCUAAAAGGCCGCAGUGACUGUGCCUUCAGUGUGAGCUGGCUUCAGCAGCUGCUGCAUUUUCUAGAAACACGCAACUGGAAGCCUGUGGUCAGUUUACACCCAGCAGGAGAAAAUGCUGAACACAGUAAGAGCUCCAGUACAUUUGGACGAUUUAAACCCUUCAGCCUGCCUCCUGAAGUCCUGAGGAAAGAUGCUUUUUAUGGAAAUGCAUCUUUUGAAGACAACAUGGCCACAGAGGAUGAUCCAGACUCUGUGCAAAGUUUUCUGCUGCAAGCGUUAUCACGUUCAGGUGGAGGAGAACGAGGGAGGCAAUUGGCACAGAAAAAUCUAGCUCUUGUGCAGAGUUUGGAUGGGCUGAGGAGGGGCGUCCUGCACAGGGUGGGGAGUUCUGUUUACGGUAACCUAAGGAGAAAAGUUUCCCAAGCUACCAUGGCACUGCUUGAUGAUGUCAGCAGCCUGGUGGACGUGCCACAGUCCAACGCUCAGGGUCAGUGCUCAGUUGGUGACCUGAGGCAACUGAUCUUAUGGGGAAUAAGACACAAUGUGACAUGGAACACUGAGGCUUUGGAUGUUGGGUCCCAGGGUCUCCCAAGCUCUCUCCCAUUCCUAUCCUGCCCCUCCAGUGAAGCAGAUGAACCAGGAUCAGGACAAAACAAAGCACACUCGCCUACAAAAACAGCCCCUUCUUCCAGAAAAAUCUCCCUAGAAAAACGCCUUUAUGAACAAGAAAAUCGGAGAACAAGAGAGAGCAUCAGUCUGCACAAAGAAAUCGAGUACGCCACCUCUAUUGAAAUCCUGGAGGCAGCUUGUAAUGAAUCCAUCCCAGGCUUGACUGGAGUGUCCAACUUCACUGUGUUCCUCUACUGUAAACUGUUUGAAGGGGAGAACGGCUCAGUCAGUUCUGCAGUAGCUCAGAUGGGGCUGGACUUGCAUGCCACAUGCUCUGAUGCAGCUUGGUACCUGUCGGCUGCUGAGGAGGACUUUCUUUGGGUUCAUGUCUGCAGUGAGUUUUUCUCCCAGGAAUUCAACAACACGGUGUGUGCCAACUCUUCUUUUUGGCUGCAGAGAGCCCAUCAGGCUGCACUGACAAAGGACUACUAUUUUUUCAACCAAACAAGCAUAGACGAUUUGUGUGUGCAGCUGUCAGGAGAGGCCACAGGAGGCCCAGGACUUGAUGAAAACUGUGUGGCUCAGUUGGGCAGCAGGAUGCUUACUGCGCAGGCUUUCAGACACUGCUUCCUACCCAACAACUCUGUCUUGAUCUCAGCUCUGUGCGGGAGACGGUCCCAAUCACAGCAUGCCUUAUCAGAGGGCAGCUGGGCAGCAGCAUACUGCUCCAAAAUACCCAAUUUCUCCAUUGUUGACACUGUUGAGGUUGAUUGUGAGUACAAUGAAUGGGAUCUGCAUCAUUUCACCAACUCCACCCUUCUGCAGCUCUGUGGUCACACACACGGGUGGAGAGAGUACAUUUGUCUAAACAUCACGCUCUUUGAUAAGCUGUUAAGAUCAAUGCCUCAGCUUGCUGAUCUCUGUGCUGAGCUGCAUGCAGAACUGGAGGAAAGGAAGUGCUUUCUGCAGAGGUUUUUUGACAUGCUCCCAGCACGGUAUGAGUUUGACACAUCUCAGCUGUGUGUGGACCCGGCACCAAUGCUGGUCGAUGUUCUGCACAAGCUGAGUGUGUGUGAGGUCCAGGGAGGGGAGCGCGAAGGGUUCUUGUUGGCCCUGGGAUAUGUGUUCCGAGUCCUGGACUUCAUGGUGGGCCUCUCUUCGGGACUGGACGAGGGUGAACGAGAGGCAAGACAAGGUUUGGGUCAGGCCAUCCUCCUCUCCAGUCUCCUUGACAACACAUCCUGGGCGGCGCUGCAGCCAGAGGCGUCCAUGAGCAUCCUACACACUGUUGGACGGUUCCUCCGCAGAGAGCAGAACACCACUCUAAAAGAGGACCUGCUGAGCUGCUUUAGUCCCGUCUUGUGGGACCUCAUACAGAGGGACGAAAAUUCAUCUGCUCUCAGGGUUCUGCUGCAGGAAUACCUCCAGAUGCCAAGACACAGCAUUCGCACCCUUGUGAUGUCAGCUGAAAAAGAUGCUGUCAAGAGAUUUAUCUCCCAUAUGCAUCAAAGUUGGGAUCAGUUACAAGUUGAAACCGACCAGGCCUCUCAAAAAGAGCUGCAGGCCAUGGAAACAAUGACUGCUGCUUUCAUUCAGAAGUUCCCACGAGUGACCCCGGAGCUGUUUGUGGACCUGUCUCAGUUCAUUCCCUUCAUGUCUGUGUCUGACAUAAUGAGCUUCCCAGCCUCCCUGAUAGUCAAUGACACUGUGCUGACAGCCAUUCGUGACCACAGCUCGGGGAUGAAGUCCCUGCAGAAAAAGGCAUUUGUAAAAAGACUCCUUCAGUCCAGCAUGGUGGGGGAUGUCCCUACAUGGCCACCAUACUUCCUCACUUCCAUCCUCCCACUUCUGCCUUACCUUCCAGUCAGUCAUUUUCAGCAACUGACUUCACAACAGCUCACUCCUCUACUAGAGUUACUUGGCAACAGCAGUCUGGAUGGUGUAAGAGGCCGUCAUGUGCUCCGGACCCUUUUCAGCAGGAGGAAGAAUCUGACCAGUGAUUAUAUACUGAGAUUAGGAGCCCUUGUCUGUUACUUGGAUCCAGAGGUCCUGGGUUUAUUUCUUCAAGACUCCUCUGUGUCCUCGGCUCUCUGGCAGCAGCUGGCUCAGUGCAUGUCCAAGGGGUUCGUCAGUCCCAGCGGCAGGCUGUCCUCGUGGUUGAUACAAGCCGUCCAGAACGUUAACAUCAGCAGCUCGGCUCCUGUAGAGCUGUCAGCCCUCAGUGGUCUGUUACCUCAGUUAGGGGUUUCCCCCCUGCUUUCAAUCCCCUCACAACAACUCCUGGAAAUCCUCUCACAACCAGGGCUACACAGAUUCUCCCCAGCACAGGCUUUUCAAAUAUUAUCCAAGAUUACAAAGGACAUCCCUCUCACCAUGGAGAGACUGUGCAGGCUGAAGCCCUUACUCUGUGGUCUCUCCCCUGCUGUGCUCGGAGACCUCCAGUGGGCUGAGAUCAGUGAAACUGCCUACUGCCAGUGUUUGGAAUUGCUGCUAACUGAGCUUAAGCCUGGCCAAAGAGCCAUGCUAUACAAUGCAAUGCAGGAGGCUCUACAGAGAGACUUGCAGAACGUCACUCAGCAGGUAAACUGUCUGUCACCAUUUGUCCCCCUGAGGAAGCUAAGAGAAACCGUAAAUGGAGAAACUGUCCUGAGAGAUAUCAGCCUCUACAGUGACAUACUCUGGUCACCACAACAGGCUCAGCUUUUGUUCAAAAAGAUUCAUGAAUUCAAAAACAUUUCUGACAAGAUGAUAAGGGAUCUGGGUCAUAUUGCCAGUGGAAUGAGUUGUGACUUUUUGCGGCUUUGGAGCAACGAUACAGAUUACACAGAGCUGCUCCAGUUUGUUACUGAGCUGCCUGGAUCUAUGAGACCUGCCCUGCGGAAAUGUAUCGUAAAUGAACUGAGGAAACAUCCUGGACUCGACCUCGGCGCCCCGAGCUCUGGAUUUGCUGCAACAUUACCAGUGACAAUGAUAGAGACAAUAUCUAAUGUCUCCUUCAGAGCCAUCCUCAACUACAUUCAGGCAAACUUUGCAGAUUUCCUCAGACUGCCACAUUACAAGCAGAUGAACUUAGCAGAGAAAGCUGUCUCUGAACUGGCUGCAGAGGAGAUUGAUGGCACCAUGCUGGACAUCUUAGGGCCUUUGCUGCCUUUCUUGGACCGAGACAGUUUGGCUCUGGUGGACCGAGGAGCUCUGUCUCUGCGGCUCGAGGAGAUGAGAGGUUUCUGUCUUCCCAAAGAGGCCCUGAGAGACAUUAGUGCCCUGUUCACACAGAAAGACCUGCUCGGGGAGCCAUCUAAAUGGCAGGUGGGGGAUGUUGAGCUUUUGGGCAGGCUGGUGUUUUCUCUUUCAACAAAGCAGAUUAACUCCAUCCCUCUGACGGUGUUAAAUAAAGACACAGUGGAGCAGGUUCUGGUGGGUCAAAGUCACUGGGAGGACAGCAUGGUCGGAGAAGUCUGUGUUACUCGGUGUAUGGAUAAGCAUCGUCACAGAAGACAGACUCAGAGUCUCAUCCGAGGGAUUGUCAAAGCACAGAGCAGGAGAGCCAAAGUGCCAGUUCCAAGCUGUGCAGACAUCAGGGGGACGUUUCCUUCGGCAUGGACGUCCGCUCAGCUCAGCAGCAUGUCACAGGAGGAUCUUAAAGAGUGUGUGGAAAUCUUUGCUCAAGACGCUUUGUUGAGCUCUGAGCAGCGACGUGCAUUGUGGAUGAAACUCAGACAGUUCUUCAGUCCAGUAAGGGAGCUGAGAGCGGAUCAGGUGCUUGCUCUGGGCUCAGUGGUGACUGAGCUGGGAGAAAGAGAGCUGCAAGACACAAAUCUCACUGAUCCUGGUGUGUUGGCACAUCUAGGAACGAUGACAGACUGGAGCCCUAAAAAGAUAAGAGCAGUGAUUUUAGGUGUGAUGCGAAAACGCAAACUGAAAGUCGAACAGUUUACAGCUGUUGAUCUGGCAACAUUUGGCCAUCUGAUCUGCGGUCUGUAUCCCUCAGAGAUCAAAAAAGUGAGCGCCUACAGCCUCAGUAUGGCGGUCCUGUUCCUGCGGGAGAUGUCCCUGCCCUGCACAGAACAGCAGAUGGAGGUGUUGACAAGCCGUUUGUCCAGACCUGAGGCCUUUGGUCCAGUCAGUGCUUGGGGACCAGAAGUUUUCACUGAAAUUGGGACACUGGCAGUGGGCCUGGAGGACAUGGUGCUGUCAGCUCUGGUACAAGAACAAGUGGAAGGAAUAACCCCUAAAGCUAUUGCUCUGAUGUCUAAGAAAAAAAUGGCAGUUGUGUUCAGUGAACUUCAGCUGUCCUGGCUGAGCGCUGAGCAGGCCUGGGCUGUCACUGAGGAGCAGUGGGAAGAGCUGGACAUCAAGCAGAGACAUGCUGUCGGACUGGCCAGAUACGAGGGAGAUGUCCUGUUGGAACAGAGAGGACGAAAUUCAGCUCCGGCAGAACUGAACACAUACAGCUUCUCUUUACACUCACUGCCGCUGUGUCUCUUAUUAUGGCAGCUAAUUUAAAACGUUGGAAAUAAUUGAAUUUGCUGCUUGACGUCCUUUGGUAUCAGCGCAUUUGUACUUUAAAUAAAUAUUUUGGACUGUUCAAAUAUCUUUCUGUGUUGUUCCUUUCAUUUACAUUGCUCUUGUU